AGAGUCGUUCGGUCUAUUCAUCCAGUUAAGUUGUACGAAACGAAAGUUAAGAGGUUUUAGUUCUUCUUUCUUCAAUUCGGAGGACAUUUUUAUUCAAGUGCGAGUAUUUCCGGUGUUUUUAUUUUCCAUUUAAAACCUAAUGAAUUCAAGUUACUUAACGGAACGAAAAAUGUUAAAAAUAAUUCCAAAAUCUUAAUCCACACACAAAGAAUCGAAGAGCGAUGGGUCAACGUUUUUUUCCGAAAAUGUUAUUCCUUCAAAAAUAUUUCCAGACUUCAUGCAUUUGAGAGUGAAGAAGAAUAUUUUUGCAAACUUCCAGCAGUUUGACUGGAAUUAAAUCCAAACAACAGCAUUGGAAGUGAUUUCUUUUUGUUUGUAUUUCAGAGCAAACCCUCUCCCCCCCCAUAAAAAAAAAGAUUUCUCUUUGUGAUUGUGUUGGUACCUAUUUUCUAAGUGAGUGUCAAGUGUAUACAUAUAGUGUUUUGGGGGAUGCUGAUGCGAAUAGUAUAGUCAAAGAUUCUCACGUGUGAUUUCGUGAAUAACGUUCGAAUCGCUGUCACCUACUGCAGAUGCCAGAGUUCCGCAGUCACGGCAAAACCGUUAACCGUUAAAUCGAAGCAAUUUCAAGCAAUCUCCUUCCCGAGUGGAAAAUCGAAAUAAAUUCAAUUCAAUAUUAUUUUGUGUGUUUUGUGUAAGUCUAUUCGAAAGAGAAAGAAAAUUGAAAUUCACAUAAAUUCGUGCCACAGGAUGAUGAAAAGGAAAAAGAAAGGAAGGCCCAUUUUGUAGAUAGAAUUAUACCGGUAUCCCACGUUAAUCCCAAAAAUAAUUGAAUCUCAAUCCUCGUGCAAAUUAAAUCAACGACACAGGCUAUCCUUACAUAACUUGUGUGAUUUUUUCCUACUUCGUCGUCGUCUAUUCAAAAUCUUCACAAAACCAUCGCAAAAGAAUACAUGUUGAAAAAUAAAAAGAAGGGAAGAAAAAACUCACCCGAAAAAUAGCGAGUAUAGUAUCAACAUCCCUACGGUCGGUAUUCGGUGUAUCCUGGCGCACAUCUUUGUUGUUCUUCUCGUUGUAGUUCUAGUCCUCGUCCUCGUAGUAGACGUCGUCGUCGUCAUCGUAGUUGUUGUCUUCGAAAAGCAACCACUGCUGCAGUGUCCCAGAGUGUAGUUCCAACAGAAGUGCUUUUUUCAGUGUCUCUGUGAGUCUUGUGUGAGCGUGUGUGUCCUUAAAUCGAAAAAGAAAGGAGAUGCCUUUCGGCAGGAAAUCACCCCUAGAGGCAUUAGCUCUUCCUGGCGUUAUACUUGCCUACAAGUAUAGCCAAUUUCGGCAGAGAAGACGUGAGGCAGCAAGUCGACGUGUUACUGAAAGGGAACUAUCAGCGUUACAUCAUAAAAUCGAUAAACUCUUAAGCAAGCUUGAAGAAAGUGAACCAGAACCACCAACAUCACAAGAAGACGAAUGCGUUAUCUGCAUCAAUGCACGUGCCACAAUGCAAACAUCGCCAUGCGGCCAUCGAGUGGUGUGUCGGCGAUGUUUUGUGAAGACCAUACAGAGUGCGGUGGCACAGCGUCUGCUGCCACUGCGAUGUGUCAUCUGCCGAGCUCGAGUGAAUCGACUCACUUCGAGCUCGGGAACAUGGCGUAUUCAGGAAUCGGCUAGUAGUUACUCGAUGGGCGGCAAAAGUUGGUCUUCGGCGGCGUCUGGCUGCUUGCCGCCAUCGGCGAGUUCGUAUUCGAUGGGCGAUGCACACAGCGGGCACCAUCAGUUUCAUGCGCAUUCCGUCGUCCAAUCGGGUCACAAUCGAGUCGCCCAGUCAGCUAGUUUGUAUUCCAUGAGUUCCGGCACCUCAUCGAUUUCAAGUGGUUCCAAUUUGACAAGCUGUUCAAAAACGUCUUCCGCCUCGAGUGGCGUUGAUUCGUCAUUAAGUUCAGCGAGUUCGGCAUCGAAUCGACACUACCUGGCCCCACCACCCGCAUCGGGUGGCGGUAAACCACAUCACACCCAUAACCACAAUCAUGGCACCUGCCCGAGUGGAUGUUCUGGGGCGAUUCCUAGAAAACCGCUUUCAUCUUCGUCAUCGUCAUCAUCACCCACGUCGAAUGGCACGAUAAAUACCUAUCCAGGCCGACGGCUUGGCAAAGGUCGCAUAGCUGACCUACAAAAUCGCCUGCCCCCAAUUAAGGAAUUUCGAUCGCCAGCCAAGGUGCCACAUCCCUCCCCAGUUCACAUUAGCAAUCCUCGGUUUCGAUACUCAUCGUACACGAAAUCGGCAACAAAUCACCACGAAAUGGUUCCACUCCUCGCCAAAGACCCCUCACCACCUCGCAGGGCAUCGGCUGCCACAAUGUUACUAUCAAAACAAACCUCUGCCACAUCAUCCUUAGGUCUUUCGGCGAAAAUUAGUCCAAUUACAUCCAAGAAUUCGGUUCCCAAAAACGGCUUCAUGCUCACGACAACAGCACAAUCAAAAUUAAAUUCAAAAUACACAAAUGGCAGUUUGAAAACCGUUGAAACAACCAAAAUGGAUGCAAUCAAUGUUGGAACUGGCAGCGGCGGCAAAAAAUUUGAUUUGAAUUCAAAUAAUAAUUCAAGUUCUUCCAGUAAAACAUUUCCAUUAUUCAGUAAUAAAUUGAUAAGCAACAACCAUAACAACAUAAACAGCAAUAAUAACAGUAAUACCCAUAUAAAUCGUACCAAUAGCAAUCAUAUUAAUUUAACUGUAAACUCUCGUAAUCUUCAUUUAGAGGAGAAAGCUGACAAUAAAAAGAAUGAAUCGGUCGAGCGUAAGAAAAAGGAGGAAAAACUAAAAUUAAAAGCCGAAAAAGAAGCGAGAAAGGAAGAAAAACGCUUACAAAAAGAAGAAGAACGUAUGGCAAAAUUAAUUGCCAAAGAAGAAAAGAAAAAAGGUAAAAAAGAAGUUAAGGAAUUGCUCCUUGCAAAUGAUGGCAAUAAUAAGAAAUAAUAAAUUUUAUUAUUAUUAAAAACAAAAAUUUAAAAAAAAAAUAAAACAAAACAAAACAAAUUAAGUAAUUUGCGAUUAUCCUAUCAAAAUACAAAAAUCAAUUAAAUUAAAUUUAAAUAAUUUAUACCAACUUGUUUAACAUAAAAUUAAAACAAACAUUUAUAAGAAAAAAAGACGAACAUAUUAAAAAAAAAGAAAACUUAAAUUAAUUUUAAAUAAAAAUCGUUAAAUUAUAGAUUUUUAAAUGAAAAGUUUAAUUUUGUAUAAAAAUAAUAACAAAAAAUCGAAAAACGAAUCUCUUAAUUGCCAAUUUUUGAGUUUAUUUAUUUGUAAAUUAAUCCACUAGAUAAGUUUACAAAAUUAAAUGUAAAAACAUCAUUAAAAAAAAACUCUCAUAUUUCAAAAUAUAUUUUGUUUUAUAAUUUGUUAAUAAAUGAUUUCUGUUUUGUCUUUUUUAUUUGUGUUUAUUGUUAUCGAAAUCGAUUGUUUUAUAAAAACGCAGGAUCAGUAAAAUGUAAAUAAAGAUUUUGAAAAUAGAAAUGUCUGUUUUAUAUUUUUUUACAGUUUUAAAUUAUUAUUUAUAUUUGUCUUAAUUUAAAAUAUAGGCCCUGGAAACGACGAAAAUAACUUAGAACCAGUGCUCCAAAAUUGAAUAAAGAUGUCAUUUGUGAAGUCAAGUGUUGACAGACCCUUAAAAGAACACUUUCACAAAUGACAGUUUUAGGUAAGGGUAAAUAUAGAAGAAUAAAGAUUACAAAAUUCAGAAAAAAAACAAUGUUCAUAUAAAAACUCAAUAUUGCGAGGUAGAAUAUGUCAUUUUUCAUAUCUAACAACCGUGAACUGUCAAAAUAAUUUCUAGUGUAGCCAACACUUAACCACACAAAUGACAGCCAAUAAUACUUUUGCAUUUAUUUUGGGAUAAAGGAUUUAAAAAAAAAAAACGAAAUCAAUUUUCUACAAAUAGAAGUGAUACGUAGAUGUUGUGUGUAGAUGUCGUGGCGUUUGUUGUGUGGCACGUAGCGCCUUCCUGCUGCAACCACAUGUCGUCUAGAUCCAUGUGGUUUAAUUUUGGCCAAGAGAAAUUAGUUAUCAUCGUUUUGUAGCACUCGCUGUUGACGGGAGCCGCCCUACGGACUUAGUUUUCAAAUUACCAAUUACUUCCCCGAGCCGGGCCAACAUCCACACCAAACGAUAACUUUUUGUGGAUGCAUUAACACCUGGCAAAACCUGGGUGUCGGUAAUUUUGCUUGUUGAUACAGCCAUUCGACAGAUGUCAUCGAAAUAAAAUGGCCACCACGGGGCGCCGAAAUCUACCUGUGCCAAAAAAAAUCAUAUAUUUGAUGCUUACACAUCAGACGUCACUUCUUUUUGUAAUGGAAGCUGACAUACCGUUGCUUACGUUGCGUUAAGAUUACUAAAUGUCAUUACUUCGAUGCGUUUGACAGAUUUUAUAGGUCUUGAGUUCAUUUCUCAUUUGAAGAGAAAAAUCUGCAAGGAACUUGGAUUGGACUUAGAAUUAAACUAUAAAUGUCCUUUUAAAGUUUACUUGAAGACACCAAGUCUCAAAAAACUUAUUACACCCAAAUAUGUAUGUAUUACGUUUGGCAUUUCCAGAAAAGCAAAAAACAUUUUAUUUAACAAUUGGAAUAAGUAACACAUAAAAACCCAACUGCCAAAUACUAAAUUAUUUAAAAAUAAAAUAAAAAUAUUGUAAAUAAGUAAUAUUUGUUUUCGUUUAUUUAAAAAGUAAUUCUUUUUUUCUUAAAUUUAUUUAUCACUUCCAAUUCUAUUUAAAUUUCGUUCUGUUAAAUAUUUUAUUUAAAGCAAAAAAAUAUAUCUCCUAUCUUUCAUACUCAACCACAACACACAAAAGACUCAAAAAUGUACAAAAUAAAUAUUGUAAAUAAAAUCGACCACAUAUUAUAUAAAUAUAUAAAUAUAAAAAUUAUUAUCACACUGCAAUAAAUGGCUUUCAAUUUUUUAAAAGAAUAAAUUUAAAAAAUAUAUAUAAAUCAGCUAAAGCCACAAUCGUUGAGUCUCACAAAAGCUCUUAACAAAAAAAUUAAAUAAAAACAAAAAAAAAAAACAAACUUUGAAAUUUAAAAUAUUUACAAUUCACGCCAGUGCUUUAAUAACUCUGAGAUACUAGCAGAGUUAUAGUUAAAAGUGUUAAUACCGGCACUAGCACAUUCUAACUAUUUAUGAUUUUUUUAAAAUAUCUUUUUGUCUUUGAGUUCAGUUCUAUAAAACCAAGCAAAGUAAAUUUUCAUUAAAAAACAUAAACCUUGGAUUACAUUUCAUUUUAGUUUCACAUCCAUUUAGUUCAAACAUAGCUGCUGUCAUAAAUGAAAUUUAUAUACGCCAUCUUAGAAUUUGUCAUUAUGAGAAAUGUCAUUCUUUUUUGACAGCUGAUAUUUUCAUACAUAAAUACUGUCUUUCGCUUGGAAAUAUAAACUGACCUUAAACUUUUGGAAAUUUAUUUUAGUAGUAUUUUGUUGUCCAUUUUCUAUAAAUUCAAACAAUUUCUAAAAAAAUAAAAUUAUUUACUUAAAAUGAUAUUCUAAACUUUGAACUGUUAAAAAACAUUUGAAUAUUAUUUAAAAAUUAUUUUAGUUUUUCUUAACAUUUUUGAUUUUUAAUAAACAUAAAAAAUGAUAAACUUAAAGUUUAAUAAAUUGUUAAAGAAAAAUUAUAUAUUGUCAUACAUGUAUGAUUAAAGUGUUUACUCUUCUUACAACUAUAUCUCCUUAUUACUCCUCUCUCUUUCUCUGUCUCUUCUAUCCCCAGUUAAUCAAAAUCUCCUUGGAUUUAUUAAACGAAAAAAUAUAUACAAACAUAUAAAAAAUUCAACAAAAUGAAAUAUUAAAUUAAUAAAUUGAUAUUAAUCAUCACCCAUUUUCAAUUCAAAAUUAGAGACUGGACUUGUAGAAUUAAAUUCAAAUAAAACAAAAAAUUUAAACUAUAAAAAAAACUAAUGAAAAACAACAGUUUCGCAAUAUUUAAAUUAAAAACAAAUAACUAAUUAUAAAUUAUUUAUUUUUUAAUGACUUAAAAAAAAAACAUAUAAACGGAAAAUCAUAUAA